GGGAAGAAACGAACGAACCCACCAUGGAAUAGGAAUACUACUUCGAAAAAAAAAAUCCUCUCUCAUCUUUUUUUUCCUUCUUCUGAAGCCUUUUUCCUUUCUUGCGCAUCUUCCCCUCUUUCUCGAUGUCUCUUAACAGUUUCUGAAGGGAUUGAAAGAAAGAGAAAAAUGAGGAUUAUUAUUUUUUCUUGGCACUUUCUUGGGGUGUUUUCCACCCUUUGGGGACUGGCGACAGGGGCUUUCCCCAGCUCAGUGCAGAUAGGUGGAUUAUUCAUUAGGAAUACAGAUCAGGAGUACACAGCAUUCCGACUAGCUAUCUUCCUUCACAACACCAGUCCUAAUGCUACUGAAGCUCCCUUUAACCUGGUUCCACAUGUCGACAACAUAGAGACGGCCAACAGCUUCGCAGUCACCAAUGCAUUCUGUUCUCAGUAUUCGAGAGGAGUCUUUGCAAUCUUUGGCCUGUACGACAAGCGCUCAGUGAACACGCUGACAUCAUUUUGUGGAGCCCUGCACAUCAGUCUGGUGACACCCAGCUUUCCCACUGAAGGAGAGGGUCAGUUCACGCUGCAGCUUCGGCCGUCUAUCAGAGGAGCUUUGCUAUCACUACUGGACCACUAUGACUGGAACCGAUUUGUCUUCCUCUAUGACACUGACAGAGGUUAUGCAAUAUUGCAGGCGAUUAUGGAGAGAGCUGGACAGAAUGCAUGGCAGGUGAGCGCAAUCUGCGUGGAGAGUUUCAAUGAUGCAGCAUAUCGCAGACUCUUGGAGGACCUGGAUCGGCGACAGGAAAGAAAAUACGUCAUUGACCUGGAGCCUGAGAGACUACAAAGUAUACUGGAACAGGCUGUCAGCGUGGGGAAACAUGUGAAAGGUUACCAUUACAUCAUUGCAAACCUGGGUUUUAAGGACAUAUCUCUCGAGAGGUUCAUGCAUGGUGGAGCCAACGUGACCGGUUUUCAGCUGGUGGACUUCAGCAAACCGAUUGUCAUUAAGUUGAUGCAGCGUUGGAAUAAACUGGACCAGCGAGAGUACCCUGGAUCUGAAAGCCCACCUAAGUAUACCUCAUCUCUAACUUAUGAUGGUGUCCUGGUAAUGGCUGAGGCCUUCCGCACCCUUCGUCGUCAGAAAAUUGACAUCAGUCGACGAGGCAAUGCUGGCGACUGCCUAGCCAAUCCGGCUGCUCCUUGGAAUCAGGGAAUAGAUAUGGAGCGUGCACUCAAACAGGUGCGGAUUCACGGUCUUACUGGAAACAUACAGUUUGAUCACUACGGCCGGAGAAUCAAUUACACCAUGGAUGUGUUUGAACUGAAAAGCAAUGGACCUCGCAAAAUUGGUUACUGGAAUGACAUAGACAAGCUUGUGUUGGUUCAGAAUGAAAACGGCCUCUCCAAUGACAGCUCAGCGAUGGAGAACCGGACUGUUGUUGUGACAACAAUCAUGGAGGGUCCGUAUGUGAUGCUGAAGAAGAACUGGGAGCUUUAUGAAGGCAAUGACCAGUACGAGGGAUACUGUGUGGACUUGGCUUCAGAAAUCGCCAAACACAUCGGAAUCAAGUACAAGAUCUCCAUUGUACCAGAUGGCAAAUAUGGAGCCCGUGACCCUGAGACAAAGAUAUGGAACGGCAUGGUUGGCGAGCUUGUGUAUGGGAAAGCAGAAAUUGCCGUGGCCCCUUUGACCAUCACUCUGGUGCGAGAGGAGGUGAUCGACUUCUCUAAGCCCUUCAUGUCUCUGGGAAUCUCCAUUAUGAUUAAGAAGCCUCAGAAGUCUAAACCAGGUGUCUUCUCCUUCCUGGACCCAUUGGCUUAUGAGAUCUGGAUGUGCAUAGUGUUUGCCUACAUUGGAGUCAGUGUUGUCCUGUUUUUGGUGAGUCGUUUCAGUCCAUAUGAGUGGCAUGCAGAGGAACCAGAGGAAGGAGCCACAGAGCAGGGCCCUACUGACCAGCCUCCCAACGAAUUUGGCAUCUUCAACUCUCUGUGGUUUUCUCUCGGAGCGUUCAUGCAACAGGGCUGCGACAUCUCACCGCGGUCCCUGUCUGGACGGAUUGUUGGAGGCGUGUGGUGGUUCUUCACUCUUAUCAUCAUCUCCUCUUACACAGCCAACCUGGCUGCAUUUCUCACUGUGGAGAGGAUGGUCUCGCCUAUAGAGAGUGCAGAGGACUUGGCCAAACAGACAGAGAUAGCCUAUGGGACGUUGGAUUCGGGCUCUACUAAGGAGUUCUUCAGGAGAUCCAAAAUAGCUGUAUACGAGAAGAUGUGGUCUUAUAUGAAGUCUGCUGAGCCGACUGUCUUCACCAAAACCACAGCAGAGGGUGUGGCAAGAGUCCGCAAAUCCAAGGGGAAGUACGCCUUCCUCUUAGAGUCCACCAUGAACGAAUACACGGAGCAGCGCAAGCCUUGUGACACCAUGAAAGUUGGAGGGAACCUGGACUCCAAAGGAUAUGGCAUUGCUACACCCAAAGGCUCACAGUUAAGAAAUGCGGUCAACCUGGCCGUGCUAAAACUCAACGAGCAGGGCCUGUUGGACAAAUUGAAAAACAAGUGGUGGUAUGACAAAGGAGAAUGUGGCAGCGGGGGAGGGGAUUCCAAGGACAAGUCAUCCCAGGCUCUGAGCCUGUCCAAUGUGGCCGGGGUCUUCUACAUCCUUGUGGGCGGCCUGGGCCUGGCCAUGCUGGUGGCCCUGGUCGAGUUCUGCUACAAGUCACGGGCCGAAGCCAAGCGCAUGAAGCUGUCAUUUUCCGAAGCCAUGCGGAAUAAGGCCCGUCUGUCCAUCACAGGAAGCGUAGGGGAGAAUGGCCGCGUCCUGACGCCAGACUGCCCCAAGGCUGUGCAUGCUGGCCACGCCUCCCUUCGACACCCUGGCCUUGCAGUGGUCUCCUCUGGACUCCCCUGAAAACCAAAAACACCUGCCGUGCCUUAAAAACACACAAACAUACAGACUUUGGUGAAGACACACCCAUAAUUGCAUACAACUAUACUAUAUUCAUACACACAUGACUAUAAUUACAGAAACCCUAAUAAAAUACUCAGAUAUAGAGACAUCUUUACACACUUGAAUACGCAAACACAAAGUCUGCAUCAUCAUUUCACCUUCCUGUUGCCACUGACUCAUUUUAUGAUAAAACAAAUGAAACACAGCUGUGGAGCAAACGGUUAAGAAAAAGAACAACGGGCAGCAAAGACAUUUCACCUGCCUGCAGCUUUCAUUUUUCUCAUUUUUGGGAGGAUGCCAUUGUGAUAUCUUCAAGCCAACAUGAAAGCCAGCACAGAUUUACAUGAAGUGAACUAUGAGCUGUGAACAUAAUCAUGAUCAUGGUGAUGACAGUGAGAAAGAUAAUGAUCACAGCUAAAGAAAACAUAAAGACAAGACAACCAAACGAUCCUGUUCCUGCUCAGUCUUUUGUCUUUUUCUUUUUUUUUUCUUUUUUUUUUUUCUUUUUUUUUU